AGUUACUAUUCAGUCUUAUUUAUGUAUUAAACGCUGUGUAAUGCACAGUUAGAAAUAAAAAUAAAAAAUAUAAAAAAGCAGACGUAAAAUAAUUCUACAACGAUUUUCUGUUAGUGCAAUUACUUAACCAACCAUAUUUACCAAUUGGUGACUAAGAGGGGAAAGUGAUUGCAACAAAGUCCAAUUAUUAUCACUUGGUAAGAUUUCGAUGGACGCCAGUAGCAUUGUGGGAACGGCGUCGGUGCGGCCGAUGCCUCCAGAGGAAUUAGCUCUGCAAUCCCUUACAAAGCAGUUGUACAAGUCGCGCCUCUUCCGAGGCCACUAUGUGGAACGCUGCUUUGUGGAGGCGGUGGGUGGCUACCGAGACGUAGUGGUGCUUCAGCGCAGUGAGCGAGACCUAGAAAAGAUGCUUCAGGGCAGUGCCGCACAGCUGCAGAUGUUCUACCGAAGGCUUGUUCCCAACAUGUGGGUGGGAAUAACCAGCGGCAGUUAUGGGAGCUUCACUCACACCCCAAAUGCGGGCCAGUUGGAGACAUGCAUUUGGACGGAGCUGAGCGACUUGGCUUUUGGGGAAUACUGGUUCAGUAUUAAGACACUUCGUUUUCGGGAUCAGGAGGUGCAACUUAAAAUUAAGAUGGUGCGUGCCGUGGAAGAAGAGCCGCUGGCUACUCCUAGGAGAUCCAUUUCCCUAAGUAGGAGCUCCCCCAGUAAAGCUAUCACAACUGGAGGAGAACCCGAAACAAUCCCAGAGUCUGCGGAGCAAAUUCAACUGGGCAUGGAAGACUUUCUGGCAGUACUGCAUCAAUGGGGCGACGGAAUAAAGCAGACUGUUUACGAUUUUAUGGCCAACGAUGUUAACAAAAGGAAUAUCGUCGGCGUAUUACGGUUCCUUGGACUACUCAUCUUCUCGGCCGUGGGUGGAGCCGCGGUAGCGCUGCGCUUUCUUGGAGUCUUUGCCGUUCGCUUUCUGUUCGAGCUGAGCCGCUUCACCCAUACUGCCACUCCAAUUGUGUUUAAACUGCUCGAUUUCCUGAACAAAAUCGUGGGAGCCAUCUUCAUACUGCUAACCAUGAUUUGGAAGGAUGUAGUCAACCGUGGUCAGCCGGUCUCCAAGCAGCCGCAAUUAGAGCCGAGCUCUCGUUUCAAGAGUAUUACCUACGAGCGAUCAGAACCGUAUCGCCGGAGCCCCCGAUGGUGACCCAACAAUCUUACAGCUAGAUGAUUUAUGAAGAAAAUUAGUCCAGGGUGGAAGGGCAAAGUAGAAUCAUUCAAAUUGUGUUAUUAGCCGUAAGCCUGUAGAUCAGAUCCGAUCCCCAAAUACCGCAUAUUUGUAUCGCAAAUAUGGGCACCUUUGAGAUUUUUCAAUUUUAGCCAAAUGCAAUAUAUAGUAAAUUAUUUGAUUGGACUGCCGUUUGGGCACACAAUCGCAUGCUUAUUAACUCCCACUGUUAAUUCAUUGUGCAUUGUUCAAAAAACUUGUUUUUAUUUUAACCCAUUUAGUGUUAAGGUCUUGUAAUUUAUAUAUCGAAAAUUUUUGUGAAUAAAAUUAUUGCACUAUGCGAACAGAAAACC